UUGCAUUGCAUCUGCACUAUUUUAGCUCUGGAUCUUACACUAGAAAGGUGCACAUACCUGAGAUUAGAUGCGCCAUGUCGGACAUCCAGUCGACCAUCCCUGUCGUUGACGUAGAUAGAAUUGGUAUGCACAGAAAAUCGGAUGAAAUUGAUAAGGCGUCACUGGAAACUGUUGCUUUGUCACUGAAAAAUGCAUUUUGUAAAUAUGGCGUUUGUUAUUUCAAAAACCACGGUAUUGAGUACGAAGACAAAUUCAUACACGUUUCAGAAGCCUUCUUCAAACAGCCUUUAGACAUAAAAACACAACACCUUCGUGGAACGAGACGGGAUUUUGGUUAUACACCAGUAGGACAGGAAACGGUUAACCUUGAACAUCCGGGAGAUAUGAAAGAGUCUUUUAAUUACCAGCCUGGUGACGACCAAGACGACUGGAUGGAUAAUGCCUUUCCAGAUGCUUGUAAAGAAAUGUUUGGUCAAUGUGCAGUUUUGGGGUACCGUGUACUUGAUGCACUUUCCCUGGCGCUUGGUCAACGACAGACAUUUCUAAGAGAUUCUCACGCACGUAUCGGAACACAGGACAACCCUACAACUUUUAGAUCGUUAUAUUAUCCUCCAAUCCCGUUAGGUAUGACAACAAAAUCGGGUGAAAUUCGUUUUGCCGAACACUCGGAUUACGGAACAAUGUCAUUCCUGUUUCAAGAUGAAGUUGGAGGUCUGGAGGUCGACUUUCCCGGCAAAGGAUUUGUGGAAGCAAUUCCUAUACCUGGGACUAUCCUCGUAAUGGCUGCUGAUUUACUGCAGCGAUACACCGCCGAUAUCGUGGUUUCGGUUCGGCAUAAGGUGCUCGUACCUGCAGAAGAAUCUAAGAGAAGAACACCUCGACAGUCAGCUGUUUUCUUUAUACUGCCUGAUAAUGAUUCUGUAGUGAAGCCUUUAGACGGGUCGGCGAAAUAUAAACCAGUCACUUGCAUGGAAUACCUACAACCCAAAAUGACAGAUGUCGUUGGCGUUACAUAUUAGAGUGUCAUCCAAUGUAUGCAAAUUACAAAUGGAAAACAAAGAGUAUCGUUUCCGCUUUGGGUCUGUGGGCCAAGGCCAAAAAAUUGAAAGUCGUAACCCAGAAAUUAGCAAAGGCUGAGAUUUAUCAUGAUGUUAUACUGCCCUUUUGGAAACUUAUUAAGGGUGGAUGUCGGUCUGAGCAACUUGUCAGAAAAAUGUAAUGACUAUUUUAAAAACGUUGGUGCCUAUUGAAUACAAUUUAGCGUUAUAUCGGGAUAUCGUAGAUUUGGAUGAUGAAAACGAAAUUUGUGACAUUUCUUAUCAUUUAAUGUCCGAAAUAAUUAAUAAUUUACUCUGGUUGUUACAAAAUGUUACUUUAUGGAUUAUAUACGGAAUAAAAUGUAAAACGUUGGGGCUGUACCCGACCCAACACAUUAGUAAAUAUACAUAUACGUAAAA